CUUCGACGGUAACCGUCCUAGUGACGUCACAGCGAAAGUGCCGCGCCACAGUGCCACCGGCCAGGCGACCACCGCGACCACAGUUCAGUCGAAGAGCAACAUCCGCGCGGCUCGGUCACCCGUCAUGGACGAAUAACGACAAUAAUCCACAAUGUCGUUCCGGAGGCUGAUGAGCGCUGUGCGAUCUGCGCGGGAAGCCAUAGCCAACAGCGCGCCCCUGGCGGACCGACUCCUCAAAUCGCUGCUUUCCGUCGUGGUGAUACUGUGCAUAGCGGUGUCCUCUCCACCGCCGGCUUCCGCGAAGCCUUUUGCUAUAAGCUUCCCGGCAGGCUGGUCCCUUGCCGGCUUCGUGGGCAGUGUGGGCGCUCGAGCGGAUGAACCCCAGCGGAAGGAGCCGGCGGCAGGCGUGAAGCCUUACACGGGCCGACGAAUCAGUAACGAUACAUUGAGAAUGAUAUACUACCACGACCAGACCGUGGCGGUCGUGGAGCUAGGAACGAACAAGUUAUUGCUCAACUGCGAACUCAUCGAGACAUAG